GCUUUGGCGGAUCCGAGGGGCCCAUUGGCUAUGGGUCUCGAGGGGUCGAGACGCGAUUGGCCGGCGCUUUCAACCUAGGCACGCGGUUGGGGUGCAGGGUCCUAGAGGCGGGCGGGGCUGGGUGAGUGCGGGAGGGGAUCGAGAGGAGGGGUGCGCGCUGUGGCGUCGGGUGUUUUGGUUUGGCUUUUUUUUCCGCGAAAGAAGUUUGCUUUGGCCACGCCUCAAGGCGGCCGCCUCCUCCUGCCCCCUCCCCCGCCCCUUUGAGCACACCUCUUGGUGCAGAUUGCAAAGCGCCUUCGGUGGAGAGAGCUGCAGAUUUUGCAUGAGCCAGGCUCGCCCACCUGGUAGAUGAAGCGCCUAAUAGUCCCUGAACCUUCGUUGCAAAGAACCGAUCGCCUGGUUUGAUCACCGCCUCCCCCAAGACUGCAUGAUCUACGGGGACCCUCUUAAGUUGCACGUUUCUGCACCGAGGACUCCAAAUCGCUCCUAGGACUGGCAGUGUGCUGUUACUGGAGGUUUGCAAGAUCCGCUCGCCGGGCUCUGGGCAAACAUUCGCCAGAACCACAGAAGUGUGCCGCUGACCGACCGGCCAGCUCUUCGCUGCUCCAUGUACCCGUGAGCCGGCGGGCAGGUGCCCGACCAUGGCGCGGCCCGUGAGCGACAGGACCCCGGCCCCCCUGCUGCUGGGCGGCCCGGCCGGGGCCCCUCCCGGAGGAGGGGCGCUGCUUGGGCUGCGGAGCCUGCUGCAGGGGACUAGCAAGCCCAAAGAGCCUGCCAGCUGCCUGACCUCUCGGGACACACCAAGCCCUGUGGACCCAGAUACGGUGGAGGUGCUGGUGACCUUUGAACCCGACCCGGCUGACUUAGCCCUGUCAAGCAUUCCAGGCCACGAGACCUUUGACCCUAGGAGACACCGCUUCUCAGAGGAGGAACUUAAGCCCCAGCCCAUCAUGAAGAAAGCAAGGAAGAUCCAAGUGCCAGAGGAGCAGAAGGACGAGAAGUAUUGGAGCCGGCGGUACAAGAAUAACGAGGCAGCCAAGCGGUCCCGAGAUGCCCGGCGACUCAAGGAAAACCAGAUAUCGGUUCGGGCGGCCUUCCUGGAGAAGGAGAACGCCCUGCUGCGGCAGGAGGUGGUGGCUGUGCGCCAGGAACUGUCCCACUACCGUGCUGUCUUGUCUCGCUACCAGGCUCAGCACGGAGCCCUGUGAGGGGGGGCCCCCCCGCACUCCCACCCGAUGGAGCCCUUCUCCAGCUCCCUAAGACUCUGGGCCCUCCUUCCUCCCCGCCCUGUGGCCCACAGGCCCGGCCAGCUGGGUGCCCCAGGGACGUGAUGAUACAGAUAAAUACAUUUAUAUUUUUAAGAAAAAGUGAGCCUCCCCCCUCCCUCACGGGGGUGGGGAGGGUCCUCUAGGUGUGCCCCCCCGCCACGUCGGGGACCCCAUCCUUCCACAGCCUCCGUUAACGAGAUCCUGAAUAAAUCUUGAGAACCCCAGAGCCAGCUGUUGUGGGGGAAGAGGCAGCUUCCUGGCCCAGGUUCAAGGCCAGCAGGUCACACUGGCCUUAGUCCCUGGGCAGGUUUGGGCAUGGGGCCA